AUGGCGCCCAGCGCAAUCAAAAAGCUGUGGGGUCCGGUUAAUGGAUCUAGUGUCUUUGACAACGGUCGAAAACUCAUCGACUUCAUCGACCAACACCGCGAUCAGCAUGGCCAACUCCAACCUGCUGCGCCUCGCCAGCGUCACACGCUCGAAACGCUCUUUGACGUCGCUCCAAACCUGAGCCACGUCUAUAGCGAGCUGAUUGGAGGCCUCGAUAGCGUCGUCUACUUUGACUGUGUCUCGCUGGCUAACAACGACGAAGUGGACAUUGCCAAGUUUUUGGCGCGCUGCACGCAGCCCAACAGCGCUCCUUUUGACCCCCAGGACCGUCCGUACACCGCGGUUCAGACCAAGCCAAUGACGACUCCCAGGGGCCUACUUGCCUGCGGACCUCGUCAGCCCACUCCUGCCAUGUUUCCUGCCUUCCCCUUUUCUCCCUUCGCCUACUUUGGCAGGGAGCAGGAGCGCACGGUCAUGGCAAACAGCGCUGGAGCUUUUACUGCUCCUCACAUCGACAUCGGCUUUACUUCUGGGUUCUCGACCGUCAUCACUGGCACCAAGAUCUUCAUUACUUUUGAUGUCAGCGACAAAAACUGGCGCGUGAUGCAGCCAUUCCAGCUGCAACCGCCGACCUGGGACCAGAGCCUCCGUCUCAUGCGCAGGGAGCUCGAAGGUCCCCGCUUCAACGUUCUCAAAACCGGCGACACCAUCUACAUCGCAGCUGGUCAGCCAUACAUGGUGCUGUCGCCUACGGUCGGCGCUCUGUACGCUUGCAAUGCUGCCAAUCCAUCCGUCAAAGAGUGGGAUGCCACACUCAAGGGACACCAGUGCGUGAUGUGGGCGAUCAAGACUUUCGUCUCCGGCUCAAAAAUCCGCUACAUUCGCGAGGCCGUGCGGGAUCUAGAGUCUGGUCUCGAGCUCUGGAAAAACGUCACAGGUCUGCCUCAACAGCGCACCGACGACACAGUGGCGCAGUCCGAGGUGGAUAGCUUUGUCGCCGAGCAAGAGGCCUGCCUUGAGACCGCUCGCAACAUUCUCAACACUCAGCUCGAGGCUCGCCUAUCUGCCAACGCUCCUGUACCAAGCGCCGGACCAAGCGUCGGACCAAGCGUCGACACUGAAGGGGCCGGCUCGAGCUCCCCUAAGCAGGAGGAAGAGUCUUCGCGACCCCUCAAGAGGGUCAAGACUGAGGAUGGCGAGGAGUAA